AAUGCAACUACAGUUAUUUAUGAGAUGAAAACUUGUUGAAUCCAAAACAUUUAACACUUUUUAAGGAACUGAAAUUAAGGUUUUGAGUAACAGUUACCGUUAUUUGUUUUAAAUAAAUAUCUACGAGGUUGUUCUUCUCUACUCUCUUCUUGUUCCAAACCCGUACGAGUGAAGGGAACAAGAAGAGGGUGAGAAGAAUGUCGGUGAAAAUCAAAGUAGGGGGUGUAGAGGUAGGUGCAAGGACUGUUGUACACAGAAAAUGGGCUCUUAUGCUUUGUUUGGCAAGUUUCUGUGCUGGAAUGUUGUUCACUAAUAGGAUGCGGCCGUCGGAAUAUAAAGAAAUUUCAAGGAUUUCUAGAGAGAUCGAGCAAAGAAAUUUAAUCGCUGACGGAUGUAAUCUUAAUCUAAAGGUUGUAAAGCCUAGCUCCAAUUACAGUAAAGUUGAAGUUUCAAACAUCCAGAAUAUUAUCAAGAAAUCGAGUAAGACUAUCUACGUUGGAGCUGAAUCUUAAAUUUGCUUUGAUGACUCAUGCCUGUACUUAUAGUCAAUGGUUUGCCUGUAUCAGGAAAGCCAGAGAGAGUUGAAUCAACUCCGAGGAAAAAAUGUUUCAUGGUUAUAGGGAUCAAUACAGCUUUCAGUAGCAGAAAACGAAGAGAUUCUGUUCGAGAAACAUGGAUGCCACAAGCUGAGGAUAGAAAAAAGUUGGAGGAAGAAAAGGGCAUAGUCAUACGUUUUGUUAUAGGUCACAGUUCUACAUUAGGUGGAAUUCUUGACAAAGCUAUUGAAGCCGAGGAAAAUCUUCAUGCUGACUUUUUGAGGCUGAAUCACGUCGAGGGAUACAUGGAAUUAUCAGCUAAGACGAAAACAUACUUUUCAACCGUUGUUGCCUUGUGGGAUGCAGAAUUUUAUGUCAAAGUUGAUGAUGACGUUCAUGUGAAUUUAGCAACACUUGGGUCGACUCUGAGUAUGCACCGCAUGAAACCUCGGGUGUAUGUUGGGUGCAUGAAAUCUGGUCCCGUCCUUGCUCAGAGGGGAGUGAAAUACCAUGAACCGGAAUACUGGAAGUUUGGCGAGAUUGGAAACAAGUACUUUCGUCAUGCUACUGGACAAUUAUAUGCCAUUUCACAAGAUUUGGCUACUUAUAUAUCGAUAAAUCAGGAUGUGCUGCAUAAAUAUGCGAAUGAAGAUGUUUCAUUGGGAUCAUGGUUCAUAGGUUUAGAUGUGGAACAUAUCGACGAUAGGAGAAUAUGUUGCGGUUCACCUCCUGAUUGUGAGUGGAAGGCUCAGGCAGGUAAUACAUGCAUUGCUACAUUUGAUUGGAAAUGCAGCGGGAUUUGCAAGUCUGUUACGAGGAUGAAGUAUAUUCACGAGCGUUGCGGAGAGGAUGAAAAUGCAUUGUGGAGCACAACUUUCUGAUAGGACGAAUCUCACAACCCGCCUUCUAAACUCAAGAAGCACACGUUUCAGAAACUUGAAAGAGCAGCAUAUAUGAAAGGCGGCGCAUGCUAUGCGUACAAGUAGUUGGAUACUCGAUGGUCGAGAGUUGUCAUCUUUUUUCCAAACUAAGGAGAAUGAGAUAACCACGGAAGAGAUGAACAAGUAGAAAAGUAGAGUAGCAACCUGCAUAUUCUUUUGAUACGUGGCCGGAGGGUGUUCUAUUCUAGUUCUCUGCCAUGUGUAACGUUUCGUAAUAAUUAGUUCUCGUUAUAUCCAACUUUCACUGAACUUACUUGUAUUUCCCUUAAAAUUUCAAUAUAAUUUUAGUUAUUUCUCA